GUAAAGGUCGAAUGGCUGAAGGAUGAUUUUUCGACGAUUUUUAUAUCUUAUCAAAUCUUCGGAGUCUUCUGACAAAAAUCAUAGUUAAUAGACAUGAAGAAAUGGGAACUAUGGUUUCUAGACUAGUAGGAUACUUACUAUCUCCAAUUAGGUACCUCUUUGGAACUCCUGCCGUUGAGGGAACAGGGCAGGAUCUUGUCCCUUGCAAAUCGGGACCAACUCCAUUUGUCUUCAAAAGAAGAGGGUCUCAAUUCUUUGAUGAAGACGGUGAUCUAGCUCAUGAAUUUUAUGAAGAAGUCAGAGUGGAGAAAAAUGACAAGAAAAUGGUUAUGCAAAAGAGAGUAAAGAAUUUGACACCUCAGGGUUAUGUGGAUUUGCCCCAUCCAAGGAUUAAUAAAGACUUUCCAGUUGUGAUGUGUGAGGCUCUGUGGACCACUGAUAGAUGAUGAUUCCUGUUUCUGUGAAGUGAUGAGGUCCUGACACAGAAACUAAUGGGGACAUAGCACAGAAAUGUAGAUACUCAUAAAGUUUAAACAAACCUUUGUACCCCACUUCACAAAACAAGGUUUUUAUGUGGAAUAUCUGAAAACGGAUAUUAUUGAAAUAGAAACAAGUUUUUUGGGCUCAUGCCAAAAAGUAUUAUAUUGUGGGUGACUUACACCUAAGACUCUAUGAAAAAUUAGAUACUGGAAUAUGACAGAAUUUUUUAGUAAUUAUCAUAUUUAUAAGAACAUAAUUAAAUAUUUAUGGCCAUAUCCACCUUUUAGUAAUAACAUUAUUGGUUCACUUAGAAUAGGGUAUUUCAUUUAUUUCGUUUGAGCUGUAUUUCCAAAUGUUUUAUUACUAUUUAACAAGUAGUAAUGUUAAUGUGUCAUGUUCUUCUGAGGUUAAAUGACAUUACACUAUGCUGUCAUUUUAUUGUUAAAAGAAGUAAACACAGCUCAAGGUAAUUUCAUAAUACUGCAAACAAUUUACUGUUUUGUUUGUGUUUGCUUUGCAAUGACUUUAAAUGUCUUAACCAGUCUGGUGCAAGUUAUUUUUUUUUUCUUUUUUGAGACAUUCCCAGAGCUGAAGGGGAGGGGAGCAACUUUUGUAUCUCAUUAUGGGUUCUGUUAAAUUAUUCUUAAUAAAGUUCAACAAUUAAUAUAAGGAUUUACUUUGACACCAAAGUAAAUUAAAAUUAAAGCAACAUUUUGAAGUUAAUUAUUAGUACUCAUUUUUUCUCUUCAGAUUAAGUAAAGAAACUAUGCAGAAAUUUUGAACACAAAAUGUAAGAAAUAUUGAACUAAGGCCUCUUGAUGGUCAUGGGCAUUAUUUCUUAUUAUUUUGCUUUAUUUAUUUUCAGUUUGAAAAAUAUACAAAACCUGGGCCAAAUCUAGCAAAACCGACUUUUAUUUAAAAAUACAAUAUUUUAGGAAUUCAUUGAUAUACGACUGUAAGCAUAGACUUGUUUGUGAACAAGGGUUCAUCUCAUUUAAAGCAAAUUAUACAAGAUUCCAUUUGAAUUUCUUCAUAUGUCAAAUCAGGCAUUCUAAGACUAUAUGGUUGUCUUCAUAUUGUUUUAAAUUGUUGCUCAAUCCAAUAGACUCACUGAUCUUUAGAGUUCCCAUGGGUUAAACGUCACAGCUCCUCGGCUCCACU